AUGGACCAAGCAGUCUCGACUUCUAGCCUGCUUUGCGCGUGCGCUGCGUACAUUCUGACCCUGCUUGUCGUAGAAAGAGUAAGGAGAUCUUCUCGACCUCCCACUCCUCCGGGACCAAAGGGAUAUCCCAUUGUGGGAAACAUCCUUGACGUCCCCUCGGAACGAAUCUGGGAGGGCUAUCACAAGUUAGCAAAGAGAUACGGUGACAUGGUCUAUCUCGAGGCCUUCGGACAGCCUAUCCUUGUGCUGUCGUCAUUCAAGAGGGUCAAUGACCUUUUCGAGAAGCGGUCCAACAUCUAUUCCGAUAGGCCACACUCCACGAUGAUCAACGAACUGAUGAAUUUUAAAGGAUUCUUGGGUCUUAUACCCUACGGAAGCUGGUGGAAACGACAUCGGAGGGCAUUUCAGCAGUCGGCCAAGCCGUUUGACUUGCCCAAACAUCACCCACUGAUGGUCAAAUAUUGCGGGAAAUUCCUCAAAGAUGUGUUGGCCAACCCGGAGGGAUGGAGCGAUAGUGUGAGACAGGUUUUCAGUGGCAUGACAGUAGAAUUGACAUAUGGAGUCGAAACCGAUUCGCCCGACGACCCUUUCGUGAGGGACAUUGUGGAGGUCGCAGAGGGUUUCAGCAUGGCUGCACUCCCAGGACGAUGGCUUGUGGACACCUUCCCAAGCCUCAAGUAUGUGCCGAGUUGGCUCCCUGGGGCGGGAUUCAAAAGGUUUGCUGAACACUUCAAAGUACUCCAUGAAAGAUCCAGAAACGAAAGCUUUGACCACGUCCUUCGUGCAAUGAAAAAUGGCACUAGUGUACCGUGCAUGGUGACCUCCCUUGUAAACGCCUUUCCACAUCCAGAUGAUCCGCGCAGAGGGGAAGAAGAGGAGAUUGCCCGCAACAUAGCUGCGGUGACCCAUGCCGGUAGGUAUUUCUCUGCACAAGGUCAUGGAGAACCGCAACGUCACAGUUCUGAACGCAUACGUCAACCACCAGCCGGAACAGACACAACCCUGGGAUCUGCAUUGACUUUCUACUUGCUCAUGGCUCUUCAUCCGGACAUCCAACGGAACGCCCAAGAAGAACUGGACCAAGUUGUCGGACCUAGAAGAUUGCCAGACUUUGAAGACCGCGACAAACUAGUCUAUUGCAACGCAGUCCUCAAAGAACUGAUGAGGUAUCACCAGGACGACAUCUACGAUGGCUACUUCAUUCCGAAAGGAACCAUCGUUAUGGCGAACUCAUGGCACAUACUGCAUGACCAAGAACUGUACGAAGACCCAUGGUCAUUCAAGCCAGAGCGUUACAUCAAGGACGGGAAGAUCGACACUGCUGUUCUAGAUGCGUCAUCUGCUACGUUCGGAUUCGGUCGAAGGGAUACCCACUGA